UUCACACCUAAGCCCAAAAUUAAGCUGUUCAAAGUUUCCAGCACGCAGAGAGAGAUUCCUUGAUUUUCUUUGUAUCUUGCUGCCCGCUGCUCCUUCUACUUCCUUUGCAGGCGGAGAUCAGGGCCAAGCGCAGUACGAAAACAUGUCUAGGCAAGCCACCAGAUUCAUCACCUAUUUAUCUUCCAAGUUUCGGAUCCACCAACCCCAUUCAUCACCGUCAAAUCCUCCGUCUCGCUCUUUUUCAUCGGCUCCCCCGCCCUCGCCGCCCGUUUUCGUCGACAAGAACACUCGCGUCAUCUGUCAAGGGAUCACCGGAAAGAAUGGAACUUUCCACACCGAACAGGCCAUUGAAUACGGCACGAAAAUGGUUGCAGGAGUUACACCAAAGAAGGGUGGCACUGAACACUUGGGUCUUCCUGUUUUCAACACAGUGGCUGAAGCAAAAGCUGAAACAAAGGCUAAUGCAUCCGUGAUUUAUGUUCCACCACCUUUUGCUGCAGCUGCUAUUAUGGAGGCAAUGGAAGCUGAGUUGGAUCUGGUUGUGUGCAUCACUGAAGGAAUUCCUCAACAUGAUAUGGUCAGAGUGAAGGCUGCUCUUAAUAAGCAGUCAAAAACUAGAUUAAUUGGUCCAAACUGUCCCGGGACCAUUAAACCUGGAGAGUGCAAGAUCGGAAUUAUGCCUGGAUACAUUCACAAACCAGGCCGCAUUGGAAUUGUUUCUCGAUCUGGCACAUUGACAUAUGAAGCGGUUUUCCAAACAACUGCAGUAGGUCUGGGUCAAUCUACCUGUGUUGGUAUUGGUGGAGAUCCUUUUAAUGGAACGAACUUUGUUGAUUGCUUGAAGAAAUUCCUUGUAGAUCCUCAGACAGAAGGUAUUGUUCUUAUAGGAGAAAUUGGGGGCACUGCUGAAGAGGAUGCUGCUGCUUUGAUAAAGGAUUUGGACUCGGGGAGGACGAUUGGCAAUGCUAGGAUGAGCUUGGGAUUAUAUUUGCUUCAAGUCAACACCUCUAAAAGACAAGCUCACAAUGCAGAAAGUGGAACUGAAAAGCCUGUUGUUGCUUUUAUUGCUGGACUCACUGCUCCCCCUGGCCGUCGAAUGGGUCAUGCUGGAGCUAUUGUAUCUGGGGGUAAAGGCACAGCACAAGACAAAAUCAGGACUCUACGAGAAGCGGGAGUGACAGUUGUUGAAUCACCUGCAAAGAUUGGUUCAGCCAUGUUUGAUGUCUUCAAACAGAGAGGUCUUCUUGUGAAUUAAUUUGAUGAUUAUGGAUAUGCGUGAUACCAUUUUCCUUGCAUAUGGAGAAUUCUUUUAUACUACUAAACAGAGAGAAAUUCGAUGUAUGGUGGGCGGUUGAAUCUUGUAUGACCCAGAUAAGUUUAAUUUUUCCCCUCGGCGAGCAUAAAACAGGGGUACUCCAUAUCAUUUUCAAUUCUCAACAUGCAAAUUAAAUCCCUAACAUUUCAAGUUCAGAUUAAGAAUACAAUUAUUGAAUAAUGGGCGGUUUACA